GAUGGCUGUCGGUCCGGGACAUUCGCAGAUUUCAUGUAGACGUGGGUAGUGUAAUGUGUGCUAGCUUCGUAAACGGUACCUUAAAUGUGAGAAGCUCAGAACAUUUCCAAGCUGAUGUCACUGAACUGCAAGCAGAGCAAUGGGCCGGUGUCCUUCAGUAGUUGAAACGUCUUGUAGGUGCUAGUGCUUGCCUAUAAGUGUGUACUACCAUGCUGACAGCUUUAAAGAAGCUCGUGGGAAACAAUGAAGGAGGCGUGGGAACGGCGACUGGCAAAUGUCAGCCUCCAUCGGGAAUGCAGGCCAUGGAACAGAGCCUGCAGAAAAAAUUUUCCCGUGGAGUCCAGUAUAACAUGAAAAUUGUGAUCAAGGGAGACCGCAACGUUGGCAAGACAUGUCUGCUUCUUCGUCUGCAAGGGCAGCGCUUCAAAGAGGAGUACAUGCCGAGCGAGGAGAUUCAGGUAGCAAGCAUACAGUGGAACUACAAGGCCACUGAUGACAUUGUCAAGGUCGAAGUGUGGGAUGUUGUCGAUAAAGGAAAGAAGCGACGUCCGAUAGAAGGACUUAAGUUGGACAACGUUGCAGCCAGUGUAGGUCCUGAGGAACCUGCAUUAGAUGCUGAGUUCAUUGAUGUGUACAAAGGUACGAACGGGGUCAUCAUGAUGCUGGACAUCACUAAGCAAUGGACAUUUGACUACGUCCAGCGUGAGCUUCCAAAGGUUCCGUCCCAUAUUCCCGUGCUGGUAUUGGCCAACCAUCUUGACAUGAAGCACCACUGCAAUGUCUCGGAAGAUCAGGUGCGCUUCUACAUUGACAGUAUCCAGCGGCCAUGUGGUAGCGCGCAGCUUAGGUACGCAGAAUCUUCACUCCGCAACGGAUUUGGCUUAAAGUUUCUCCACAAGUGGUUCAACUUGCCUUUUCUUCAACUUCAGAGGGAAACGCUUCUGCAGCAGCUGGAGCGCAAUACACAAGAAGCUGAAGCAACCAAUGAAGAGCUGGAUAUUCUGCAAGAAUCCGAGGACCAAAAUUAUGAACUGUUCGUUGAUGCACUCAACAACAGGAGAAGACAGCUAGCCGACCAGCUGUCGUCUGCCUCCCGAGUGGCAGCCGAAACUGCAGCUUCUACGGCAAAUGGCAUUCCAUCUAGCGCCACUGUCGGAAAAUUGUCAUCGAAAGCAGCGGGAAUUGGUUCUCCAUCCACCCAGAACGCCCCAAGUGCCUUUCCACCACGUAGUGUUUCCAUUCCAGCUUCUCUGGGUUCCUCAAAGCCCCAGGUAGAGGUACAAAAAUUUCCAGCGCCUGCAGGGUCGACAGGACACGCAAGCGCCACCGCUCCCAAGGCUCCCGUCAAUGAAACAGAUCCGUCAAGAGCCAAGUCUCCAACGAAGCCUGAGGCUCAAGCCUCACCGACGAAGCAAAGCAUGGUCGCAAAGCUGUUCACGAAAAGUCGGAAAGAUGACCCUGUUGUGGUUCAGGCAGACGUGCACGUCCCCGCUGCCAAGCCGCUGUUGCCAGGAACAGUCCGCAACGUGGACGAGUUUGUGCCCGACGAUGCGGGAGACGCCACUUUUAACUCUUUCCUGGAGGAGGGAAGCGGAAAAGCAGCGGAGAGGAGUCUCACCUACGAGGCCCAAGAUGAAAGCGCCAGUGACGACGACACUGGUGGCGGCAACCCGCUGGUGACAGGUUUCCAAGAUUACUCAGACGUCGAGGAUGACAACCUCGGGGAGCGUAGCGGAGGUGAUGCGCGUCCUAGACUACAGGAAUCGAGUGAUGAAGACGUUCAGCCCCGGCUUGGGCUCGCGCAAAAUGUGUCGCCUCGAGAGCCAUCUCAGGACUCCUAUUUGUUGAGAGGACAGAUCAACCGCGAGGAUCCAGACGGUACGUCCUCUCCCGCUGCUCCGGAGAACACGGCGUCUGAACACUCGCCCUGGAAGAUGAAGACUGAGGAUAUUUCCUUUCUCGAGAAGCGUUACACGGACGUAUUUUCUGGGUCCUACCUGCCAGUAGCGGGACAAGAAGGUUCAGAUGCGAGUGGUAACAGCUCCUCGACACACAAGACCAAAAAGCACAAGCACAAGUCAAAGAAGGAGAAAGGGGAAAAAGAGAGGAGCCACAAACAGUACAACAGCCGCGAGGAGAGGAAAGCAAAGAAGAAGGGCACGCGCAGGACGCAGGAGUGUGACAGCUCCUCAGACGCGGAACGCCUGGAGGCCUUCUUGGGAUCUUCUUCGCCAGUUGGUGUUGAAAGAGCCGCAGAGGCCUACGAGGAGCUAUGACGACGUUACCUCUUUUUCAAGUAACGCUUCAAACAUAGAGAGAGAACUAUGCUUGGUUUUGUGAUCGAAGAUGAAUCUUUGUGGCCAAGCAGAGCAGCUUUAGAGUGCGACGUAUGGACGAGAGGACAGAAUCUCACUGACGUCGGAAGUAUAGUCACGUAGAUGACAGGGGGCAGCACUUGUUCCUUAAUGGCGAGAUUAUUCUUGUUGGUACACUAUGCCUGCAUCAUGCGUGGUUUUGUUUUGUUUCCGGUUCACCUCUUUAUUGGCCAGGGUCGACUGAAGUGUGGAUGGACGAAACUUUCUGCUAGUGUUACGGUUAAUAUGCAGUGUGUUCUGUAUCGACGAGGUAUGUUGUACGCAAACAUCCGAGUUGUUGAAUUCCACCAGCAUGUAAGUAAAUGUGGCUGUGGUGUAUUGAACUCCUCAAUUUUGAACUGAACUGGUAGCAGUUAACAUUUUAGCCUUUGUAGCCUAAUGUGUACACUUGAAAAGCUGCACACUACAAACAUCAGCGUGGCCAAACGGGAGAUACACAUGAAAGCACGCCACAACCUCUAGAGGUUUAAGAUCGACAAACUUAGCGAAUCCUUUAUGCGGAAAACUGGAAACACUGGAAAUGUUCAACAUAUGUGCAUGUUGUGUCUUAUUCCUGAUUGCAGGAGCACGUACUUUAACUUAAAAAAGGUUCUAGCUGUUGAUGUUAUGUUUGGGUUUGCUGUAAGACUGUUUCUUUGCGCAUGUGAUAACCAGGUGGGAACCCUGCAAUAUACUUGUUAGUAUGUGUGCCACUUAGUGAGCUCUGUUGUGGUGCAGUGGGAAGAUGACAUUGCACGAGCAAACAAACUUUUACAUUUUCUUGAGCGUCGUGCAUAUUCGUAGGCAGAGAGAGAGCAUGUGUAGUGCAUAUUGCAGACUGAAAACUUGCUCCAUGUCAUCCAUGUGUGUCUGCUUAUCCUCUUCCAUUGGUUACAAUGUUGGAAAGAGCUAAUAACAUUCAAUUUGAAGCUCACUACUUCCAAUCUUAAAAGCAAUGUUAACAACAAGCUUUUGAACUAGAAAGGUUAGUCUGUAAACCAUUGCAAACCUCAGCAGCAAAUCAGAAACAAGAUAUUAAAAAAUCAGCCAAACCAUG